AUGGCGCUCCAACCUGCUCGUUUUCAAAGUACAAAUCUUGAAUUCCAGGUGUGACUCCUACGCGCUUCUCCAGCUUCAGACAUGACCCUUCGACUUAUAUAAGGGCGUUUCAAAGCUUCUGAGUGGCAGGAAAGACUUCGCUCUCAACAUGUCUGUGGCGGCUCAGACGUGGGCAGCGUGCAGGGGGGACAGAACCAGCAGAACGGGUCAGCACGGUCAGGACCUCCAUGUAGACCGGGCUGGACGACACCUUGACCUGCGCCCAUCCGCCCGCCGGUCACUGUCCAGGAGAGGAGGACGGGGGGCACCUGGCCUCCUUUGUUUAUGUUUGUUUUUGUUUAUUUUUUUUCUCACUUUUUUCGGCGAAGGCUCCGAACUGGACCGCAUGCAUGACACAACGCAAAGGGGAGAAGCCCACCAUCAGCAUCCAGGAGCACAUGGCCAUUGACGUGUGCCCGGGACCCAUCCAGCCCAUCAAGCAGAUCUCCGACUACUUCCCCCGGUACCCGCGGGGCCUCCCCCCUGCCGCGCCGCCGCACCUUGUGGCCGGGCCCCUGCGCUCUGCCCUCGCUGCUGCCGCCGCCUCCUCCUCCUCCUCCUCCCCACAGGCAGACCCGGACCGACCCAAUGAGGAUACCCCAGAUCGAGCUGGCGUGGCCGGAGCCGCCGCCUCGUCUCAGGUCUCCAGGAGGGACGAGGAGCCGGAUGUUGAGGGAUAUGACUCGGACGACUCCACCACUCUGGGGACGCUGGAGUUCAGUUUGCUGUAUGACCAGGAGAACAAUGCGCUGCACUGCACCAUCAACAAGGCCAAGCUUCCUGUCCCCCGAUACAAGAAGGGGCUCAAGCCGAUGGACCACAACGGGCUCUCGGACCCGUACGUCAAGUUGCACCUUCUGCCCGGGGCCAGCAAGGCCAACAAACUUCGUACCAAGACGCUGCACAACACCCUCAACCCCGUCUGGAGCGAGACCCUGACCUACUACGGCAUCACAGACGAGGACAUGGUCCGCAAAACUCUCAGGAUCUCAGUGUGUGAUGAAGACAAGUUCCGUCACAACGAGUUCAUCGGUGAAACUCGGAUCCCUCUCAAGAAGCUGAAGCCCAACCAGACCAAGAACUUUAACAACUGUCUGGAGAAGCAGCUGCCGGUGAACAAGACAGAGGACAAGUCCCUGGAGGAGCGUGGACGCAUCAUGAUCUCUCUCAAGUACAACACUCAGAAGUCCUGUCUGGUGGUGGGCAUCAUCCGCUGCGCUCACCUCGCCGCCAUGGACGCCAACGGCUUCUCCGACCCCUACGUCAAAACGUAUCUGAAGCCCGACGAGAACAAAAAGUCAAAGCACAAAACAGCUGUGAAGAAGAAAACGCUCAAUCCUGAGUUCAACGAGGAGUUCUGUUACGACAUCAAAUAUGCAGACCUGACCAAGAAGACGCUGGAGGUGACGGUGUGGGACUACGACAUCGGAAAGUCCAACGACUUCAUCGGCGGCGUCUCUCUGGGCAUCAACGCCAACGGUGAGCGCCUCAAGCACUGGUUCGACUGCCUCAAAAACAAGGACAAGAAAAUCGAACGCUGGCACACGCUGACCAAUGAGCUCCCGGGGUCGCUGAACGAAUGAGGGCGCCCCCUCUCGCUCUCAUCCAUGGUCCCUCCACCUGCCCCCACAUCCAACGCAGUCACUGGAAGCUGCCCCCGUCACCAGGGCUCCACUGAAACUUUGUGUUAGGCUUCACCUGUUCAGCAGGGGGCGCACUGCACCCCAUCUCUUGGAGGAGAGGAGUUCACUUUCUACUGGAUGAUGGACAGCAGCAACGUUUCACAGCCUGAUAGAAUGAAAGUUUGAGUGCGAGAAUAUUUCAAUAUGUUUUUCCUCAAAACAAAAUGUCGACCAUUAAAGUCGGUGGCAGAUCCAAAGCGCGAAUCGCGAUCAGUAGUCGGACGCUGCUGUUGAUCCGAGUGUCUCAAGAUGCUCAAGAGCUCCCUCGCGAGUCGUUUCACAUUUUCAAUCCUGCCAAAUUGUUAUGUGCGAACUGUCGAACCUGCGAGCGACGGCACCUCUAAGCCGUCGCUGAACUUCAGCCUUCCCUCAGUAGCUGCUCUUGACAGUCAUCGCUGACUCUUCGCUCAUAUUCAAGCGACUCUUCGCUCAUCUGAACUCAUGUGGCGUCUCUUCAAAUCCGGUGACGGACGGCUGUGUCGGAGGAUGUAGCAACAUUUUCUGGAUCUGUUUCUCAACAGCCAGCUUCUGACUGAAGAUGUCGCCGUAGCAGCUCGAACGAAAUACGCAUCCGCUGCGUUUGUCAGUUCGCUUUAAACAACCCUGCAGUUUCAUGAUGUCAAACUUUAUCGACCUUACGAGGAGCUAGUUAGCGACCUAGCAUCAAACUUAAAAGGUGAUGUUACAAACAAACACAAGAAUUAUGUUCACUCCUGGACCGAUAAUGUCUUAAAUUACUUCAGAUUAUCUGAAGAUCAUUGAAUAUUUCGGAAAUUAAGAUCAAAAUGACUCGACAAAUUUAAGCUAACUGACGUCAGCUCAUUAGGUAGCAUUUUGGAGUUAGCUUAGCCACAUCAGACAGCGUUUUGUUCAGCGCCGCGUGCUAGCUUGCUGCUGGAGAACAAACGUCAUCCGAGCGGACGAUACAAGGGCGCAUUGUUCUGGUGGCGGACGCUCGCUGGUGUUGAGCUCACACAGAAUGUAAACUCUUUUUGUCCAGACUAGGAACAACCUGAAUGUUCUGGCGACAGGAAGUUUUGAGGGCAAGAUGAGUUGCUGCUGUGGCUACACUGCUAACAAGCGCUCAUAGCGAUAGCACGGCUGCUGGCGUGUUCUCCCUAAUGUGUCUCUCUUUGGAUUUAUUGGUCACGUUCUGUGCCCGUUUUUUUCUGUCGUCUAUUCCAGUUUUUAGGAUUCAUCCGUGCAAGCUACACACAAACCCCAUGAGUUUUAAAAAAAUGUUUUUGAGGCAGCCCAUUCAUUCUAUUGCUUCAUUCUAUUGCUUCCAACAUUCUCCAUUUGAUUUGAAGACCUUUCGGUUUUCUUUUCUUUUUUAAAUAAGUUAAUGUCGUUGAAACAUCGUAAAAUGGGAGACACGUUACUAGCAUCUUGCUGUCGCCUGUGCUGCGCUACGCAGGCUGCGGCUGUUCAACCGUUAGCAACAGCAUUAUGGACGCUAAUGGUGAUGGUUUUUGUACGAACCUUUCACUGCUUGUUUUGUUAAACUUCUGCGGAUGUAACUUCCUGUCGCGAAACCUUUACCCCGUGAUCAUCGCCAUGUUCUUAUGCAAGUUGAAAAUACGACCUAGCAUGUCCCUUCAUCCGUGAAGCUAACGAAUGUAUGAUGUUUAUUGAUACGUUUGCUGCUCCACCAGCACAUUAAUGUGCUUUUGAUGUUGCAGUUCUGCAUCACUGCCACCAGGGGGUGCAAUUGUUUACACGUUUUUAAUCGCAACGUUGUUUACUAAUAUUGCGACGUUAUAACUUCAGACACUGCACGGCCAGAAGGUGAAUCUGACAUGCAACGGUUUGUCGAUUUGUUUUGUGUCAUUAUUUAUUCUCCUCCAAAAAACAGCCCGAUGAAAAGUUCUCUUGUUGUUUCCUGCUGUUGGAAUGUUGUCGCUAAAUUACAUGAUUUACUGGAAACUGGUUUGUUCCACCCUUCACUCUAUAUGUUGAAGGGUCGACUGGGACUUGGUUACAGACACAUUGUAGCUGAGUCACAUGUUUGAAACCCAGAGUAGAGCCGCCACUCUCCUCAUACAAAGGUUGACAUGAAGCUUGAAGGCUCCAGAACAGUUUCUGGUUCCUCUGACUCGGCUAGGAAGAUUUGUUAAGGCCUUACUGCUGUGACCGUGGUGGCUCUACCGCAAGUCUCUGGAGGAUGACGGAGCUUGAGUUCUCGCUCAUGGCAACGGGGCCUGACAAACAGGUACAGUCAAGUUGCUGGGAAAGUAAAGUUCCUUCAUGGAACUGAAGCAAACCUGGCAACAGAUCACUGGUUUCCUGCAUGUUUACACUUCUGAGUCUCCCGUCACGUGGACCGCAUGACCCCCGCGCCCUCGUCCGGUGACCUCCUGCAACGGUUCUAGCCUCGCCGCAUGUUUGAAUGACGACGUCAUCACACUCGAUUUGAAUCCCUGUAGAAACCUCGAUCCCAGCGUUGGGCUCCGCCUCCUCUCCGACUGUCGCGACACGACCCGCGUGUGAUUGACUUGUUCUUAGACUCCUGCAUGCAUCUGUGGUUGGUCUGUGGGUGAACGACUCGGCCUCCUGUUUGAUACCGUUUGAAACUGGACGUGAGCUGAAGAUCUCACGGCUGCUGUCGCUCGUCUUUUUCUCCUGGACUAACAUUUUGUACCUGAAUUUGCCUGUUCGGCCGCCAUGUCGACUCUCUGGACUUGAUGUGAAUAAAAUCUAUCCUUUGCUGAUUUGUCUCUUUUUC